CACAUGGAGAAGAGGAACAAUGUGACAGAGUUUGUUCUGUUGGGACUUACAGAGAAUCCAAAGAUGCAGAAAAUCAUCUUUGUGGUGUUUUUUGCCAUCUACAUCAUCACUGUGGUAGGAAAUGUGCUCAUCGUGGUUACCAUCAAUGUCACCCCCUCACUAGGGUCCCCCAUGUACUACUUCCUGGCCUAUUUGUCUUUUAUUGAUACCUGCUAUUCCUCAGUCAGCACCCCCAAACUGUUCACAAACUCACUCUAUGAAAAGAAGACCAUUCCGUUCAAUGGAUGCUUGACCCAAAUAUUCUGGGAACAUUUCUUUGGAGGUGCUGAGAUUAUCUUGCUCACUGUGAUGGCGUAUGACCGCUAUGUGGCCAUCUGCAAGCCUUUGCACUACACAACCAUCAUAAACAAGCAGGUAUGUGGCCUGCUAGUGGGAGUGGCUUGGAUGGGAGGCUUUCUCCAUGGAAUCAUCCAGAUCCUCUUCAUCUUCCGAUUACCCUUCUGUGGUCCUAAUGUCAUAGAUCACUUCAUGUGUGACCUGAUUCCUUUGCUCAAUCUUGCCUGCACUGACACCCACACCCUAGGGCUUUUUGUUGCUGCCAACAGUGGGUUCAUUUGUCUACUAAAUUUCCUCCUCUUGAUGGUCUCCUAUGUGGCCAUUCUGCGUUCCCUGAGGAAUCACAACUUGGAGGCAAGAUGCAAAGCCCUCUCCACCUGUGUCUCUCACAUCACCGUGGUGGUCUUAUUCUUCGUACCCUGCACAUUUGUGUACAUGAGACCUGCAGCCACCUUAUCCAUUGAUAAAGCAGUCGCUGUGUUCUACACUAUGGUAACUCCCAUGCUAAAUCCUUUAAUCUAUACCUUGAGAAAUGCUCAGAUGAAAAAUGCCAUUAGGAAAUUUUGCAGUAUGAAAGUUACUGCAGAUGAGAAAUAA